GGUUGUUUAACGUUUGACUUCGGUUAACCAGCUCCCACAUGGAUUAUCUUGAUAAGCUCGAUGAAUUGCCUACUGUCUCGGAAGCACUCACUUUACCGUACAACGAAUACAGCAAGCAUGCCGCGGGCAUGCUGAAUUUUCGGGAAUAUUGCCUUGAUGGCUUUGCCGAAGCUAUCGACAAAGUUCAGCAAUGGUGUGUUCACUUGGACUGCAUAAAACCUGAUGGCGCCUGUACACCCGCUCCACCGUUUCCAACUUGGACUGCGACCCCUAGCAAUUCUUCGGCCUACAUUACAACUACACCGGAGUUGCCUUUCGAUAAAAACCAUACAAAUGCCACUUCUGCUCUCCAGUUCAUACUUUCUGUCGGCUUCAACGGAUCGAACUGCUACGAUGAUUAUAUUUGCGAUCAUGAAAGGUUGAGUUCGGCUAACCAUUGGGUUCUUGGAUUCGGCUGUCUCCUGCUUUGUCUCGGCGGAAUCGCGAGCAACUUAGUGUUGCUCCCCGCAUACAAUUUGGGACUGAACCGCUCUGGAGCCACUUUAUUCCUUACCUCAAUGGCUAUACUGGAUUUGAUUUAUUUAAUCUCCACUCUGCUCGUUGUUGUGUCUCACUACAUGCCAAGCGAUUUCGAGGGACAGAUGCUUUAUUAUACCCAAUUCUCCGCUCGCUUUGUCCCCAUCGGCUUACCGAUUAUGCAAUUGUGUGAAUUCGUCGUGGUGUGGCUAGUGGUUGCCCUUCUGGCCAAUCGACUGUUGUAUCUCAAAUUGGGCUUUCAAUCAAAACUUUUGUGUUCCCAACUACAAGCUUCCAAGUCGAUCGCUGCGCUCGUUGUGUUCGGACUCGCUUACUGCAGCUGCAAGUUCAUUGAAUACACUGUUGUGGAAUACAAAAAGAUGAAUGUGGUGCGGGUCGUCUUGACCCCCGUUGGCAAGAGUUCACUGUACAGGAACUUGAUGUACAGCUGGUUGAAUGUGCCGUUGCAGAUGUUUCUGCCCUAUCUGAGCGUCGGCAUUCUAGUCUCUGUCGUUGUGACGAAAAUGCUAGAUUUCCAUCAUUCCAAAUGGAAGGCCGUCGCCAGCUUGUGCAAUGACACAGCUUGCGCAUGUGUAUGCCGUACCGGAGUGUGCGGCACGGCAUGCAAAGAAGGGGGAAGAAUUGAGUCGCCGGUUGAGCCACGGUCGCCUCUACCUGACUCGGCUAAAGCCCUGCUGGAUCAACCUAAAGUUACAAACCAGCUGAUUAGCUUUAACUCACCAGAUUACAAAAAGGUAGCUACAGAGUUCAUCGAUCCCAUUGAGGAGGAGUUGGCAUACUUAUUUUUCCAACUCCCGCAUGUAGACGAGACACGCGAACACGCUAAUGUGAUUACCUCCGUGUGUAUCGGGUUGUUGUUGGUGAUGUUAAAAGUUCCGAAAUUUUUGCUACAUGUCCUGUCCACUGAGAGCUACAUCGAAUACGACCCAGCGGUGUUCACUCUCAUUGAUCAAUUUUUGGAUACCGUCUUCGCUGCCUGCAAACCGUGCGUGUGUAUCCUAGUUGGUGCGCAUUUCCGACGCGUUUUGCUAGAACCAUCUCAAUGCACAUCUGCUCGUUCGCAAACGGCAACCACCGAAAUGGAUGACCAGGGUGAUGUUCAGCUACAGCGUGUGAGCUUCAUCGAUCACGCAUCAUAGCUGGCUAAAACGGCCACAAUACAACAGUCAGUGCUAUAGAAAUUAUCUUCACUGCGUCCCGUAAUUGCCCGCAAUCGAUCUCUGUCCCGAAAAUUUUCGACUUUCUGAAGAUACCCAACGUUGUACUCUCUAUACCCACUUUUCUUUCGGUUAGAUAUUGGAUAUUUGUCUUUCGUUGUUUAAAUGCAAUGUGUUUUGAAGUAUUUCACUGAUGACUGUAUCUCACUUUAGAGUUUGCCCAACCGUGCAAUAACCCAAUCAUGUUGGUGGGUGCAUUUCAUUUCAUUUUGUCAUUUGAUCACGUUAAAAGUAAUAUUGGUAUUUUCAUCAC